AUGAAUAUGUUGAAUGAUGAAGAUGACCAAAGCUUUCACGCUACGCGUGACGGCUACUCCCAUUUGAGCGAUGUCGAAUGGGAUGCGGUUGAACGAAUGGGUUCAACCAUGGGCAUCCAUGCUGUUAGCGUCAUGCUAGAGGCUCUCAAUAGAGAUGCCCAACAUGCUACUAUCGCCAAGUUCAUUCAAAAUGAACUUGACGCUGAACGCGAGAAAGUAGCCUUGCUUCACCAACAAGGUUCUCAACAAGCAGAGUUGUUGAGAGAACAGGGUGCUCAACAGUUUGAACUGUUGAGACAGCAGCAGGCUGCUGCUGGUGGGUCGAUGCACUCGCGUCGACCCGAGACCUUGAAGAUUGACAUCUCCAAGUAUAGGGGAGUCGAAGAGGACUCCCUCUUGAGAUGGUUCGUCGAAUUGGAUGACGCCAUAAGGGCGCGUCGCAUCGACGACGGGGAUAUGCAAGUUGCAUUUGCCAAUCAAAUCUGGCAGGACGUGCCAAGACUUGGGCACUGGGGCUCAAGUUGCACGACCCAUAUGCGUUUGGGUCGUUGGAAGUCUUCAAGUCGCGGCUCAGACAAACGUUUGAACCGCCUAGAGCUGAGUUCAGAGCUCGAACCGAACUCUUGA